AUGGUUUCUCUUGACAGCUUCCUCAAAGUUUCUCUGGCAGUUUCCGGGCCUUUUCUUUAGAGGGACCCAUGGAAGUCCCGUCAACGGUCUGAUGACGAGCUUUCGCCGGAGGCGGUAGAAACGACGGUCUUGCCGUGCGCCAGGGGGCGAGCUGUGGGGUCGGCGGUGGAUCCUCCAGGGACCUGCUCGCCGGAGGCGGAGGCGACGAAAACCUUGUCGUGUGUCGUAGGGGGAGCUGUGCGGUUGCCGGAGGUGGAUCCUCCAGGGACCUGCUGACCGGUGGCGGGGACGAAAACCUUGCCGUGUGUCGUAGGGGGGAUGUGUGGAUGCCAGCGUUCGAUCCUCUUGGGACGUGCUCGCCAGGGGGGAGGAGGAGAAAACCGUGCCGUGCGUAGUGGGGGGAGCUGUGUGGUGUGGUUGUGGUUGUCUGCGGUGGAUCCUCUAGGGACCCAAUCGCCGGAGGAGGAGACGAGAACCUUGCCGUGCGUCGCGGGGGGUUGUGCGGUUGCCGGCUGUGGAUCCUCCAGGGUCGUACUCGCCAGAGGCGAAGGAAACGACAACCUUAUCGUGCUUGACGGGGGCGAUGGUGAUGGGCGACUCUUCAUGGUGGUCUGCUUUUCGGGGCAUUACACACCAGUCCAUCUCAUGAGCUCACAUUGUUGAGUCAUUUCGUCUAAAAUAUAGACCAAACUUAGAUAAAUUAUACUGUAAUAAUUCAAUACGUUGACGAUAUAUUUUGUCUCGUUGUGGGUCAAACGUUCCAGGUCACACUGGGCACAUUGAAGUACGGUAUUCGCCAUAAGGUCGCGAUUUUACAGAAUUCUUGGACUUAUAUAAGUUCAGACCUGCACUCGGGUCAUCCUUCAUAGGCUUCGUCCAAGUUGCCGGCUCAACGGCAGCGAUGGCGGUAAGCUUCUCUUUCUCCUACUCUUCUUCUGAAACUCUUUCAGUUGAUCCUCCCAUCUGUACCAGCACAAGAUUGAGGUGGAUAUCUCCAUGGAAGACGAGAAGAUGCGUGCCGAGGUCAUAAAAAUCGUAGCAGGGGUUGGGGGUAAGAGUUUCUCUGGAGAAAGAUAAUUAGAGAGAGCGAGAGAGAGAGGACAUGGGAUCCCUCACGGGUGCUUUUGACUCUCAGGGGUUAUAAACUCGGUGGCCUUGGGAGGAAACAACAGGGACAAGCUUGUGGUGGUGGGCAUCGGAAUCGACCCCGUCAAGCUAACGCGGCGACUGAGGAAACAGAUGGGCUUCGAGCGCUCCUUCACCUUGAAAGGACUGGUCGGAAAGCGCUCCGGUUCAGUCAAGCUGGUCCUAGUUGAACCCGUUAAAGACAAGGACGAGAAGAAGAAACCGGAUACGAAGCCGGGGGAACUCCCCCCGGCGAGCUCUUGCUGUGGCACCAAUACCGUCCAGCUGCUCGAGGUUGGCGAGCCACGGUGGGGCCUCUGCGGCUUAUACUAA